UCUUUAUUUACGUAACGUAAUGGUGUAACACAGUAACCUGGAAAUAUACCCGUGCAUAGUAUUCAGCAAAACAGGGCAAUCCGCGGACAGAAGCGCCCACGAAAAUCUUUAACAUAUUCCCGUUGGGCUUUGUCGAGUCGUUGGUUGCGUUUGGAUCGGCGAGAAAAGCGACUACUAACUCUAAAGAGCCAGAUUUUUUUUUUUUAAUCUACCUGGUGGAAAGGGAAACACGUAAUGGUUGCUAAAUGCUGUAGUUUUAUCCUAACGUGGGGACGAGUUGUCUCAGAACACGAUUACGUUAGAUAAGCAACGAAAAUGUGUGCAGUAGAGAUAAACAGCGGCUCAAUCUUAGCCAAACAACGGGUUCAAGUGGAGACGCGUUCACCUUUGCAGUCAUACAGUAAAUGAAAGUCGAGGUGGAAAAGUCUUUGCUUGGCUAUAAGGGAAAUACCGAUUCUCGUCGCGGGUUACUGUGCUGACAGAAAACCCCUACUAUGGAGCUACUGGAAUGCCGACUCUGCCUCUUCCCGUUGUGGGAGCCAGUGACCAUUGCCUGCGGUCACACCUUCUGCAGGAGGUGCGCGGGGACCCACUUUCCGUCUAAAUGCCCGACUUGUAAAGAGAGGCUAAAACAGAGGGACAUGAGAGACGCCAAGAACAAUGUUCUGCUCAUCCGUGUCAUUGAAAAGUGCUGGCCCGAGGACGCCAAGAUUAAGUGCCACUUGCAAGAGAAGCUCCGCGCCAAGCAGUACCAGGAAGCUUUACGCGUCGUCAACGAUGGAAUACAGCAAGUCCCAGAAGAUCCAAGUCUGAAGCUGUACAGGGCUGAAGCAAACUGUGGCCUGCUGCGUUUUUCUGACGCUCUGGUGGACCUUGACUACCUCUGCUGUCUUCGGCCAUUAUGGACUGAGGGCUUCUUUCGUAAAGGGAACAUACUGUUGGAAAUGGCUCAACAGACUGAAUCCCUCAUCCAGUUUCACCAUUGCCUCAAACUUCAAGCCGACUUUGUUCCUGCUAGGAAUCAAAUCAAGAAGAUCCUAGAGGCAGAGGGCAUUUCAGUGCCAGAGGAAGUCUCCUGCAUCAUGCAGGUCUUGGCUGAUUACUUGAAGGCUUCUUACCCCGUUCGAAGCCUCAGUGGCACCCAGGUAACACACCUCGAGGCCCUCAAUUAUCCACAUGGCAAUGCAGAGGGCAAAGCCAGGAGAGACGCCAGGUGCCAGGUGCGUGCUCCGAAAUGGAGCUCCAAAGUGAAUCACGACACCAGCACUGAGUGCUGCCUCAGCCUCUGCCAAGCUGUCACCUUCCUGCCUGCCAGUGAAAAUGAUGAGGAAGUGAUGACAAGAAAGGAGGACGUGAAUGGCAGAGGUGCCAGUUUACACUGCAUGGAUAAAACUCUGAGCAUACUCACUGUGUCAGACUUUGAGUGCCCUCUCUGCAUCAGGUUGUUUCAUGAGCCAGUUACUACCCCAUGUGGUCACACUUUUUGUAAAAACUGCAUAGAGAGAAGUCUAGACCACAACCUCCGCUGUCCUCUCUGCAAGCAGCCGCUACAAGAGUACUUGAAAAAUAGGAAAUACAAUGUCACAGUUGUGGUUCUGGAUAUCAUGGAAUGCCUUUUCCCAUCACAACUGGCUGAAAGAAAACAAAUACAUGAGGCAGAGAUGACUGAACUGUCAAACCUCACAAAGGACAUCCCUAUAUUUGUUUGCACUGUGGCCUACCCCGGUGUGCCAUGCCCUUUGCACAUCUUUGAGCCGCGAUACAGACUGAUGAUGCGUCGCUGUAUGGAGACAGGAACAAAGAAGUUUGGCAUGUGCAGUUAUGAACAUGGAAAAGGAUUUGCGGACUAUGGCUGCAUGCUGGAGAUCCUUAGCCUCGAGCUACUCCCUGAUGGGCGGUCCUAUGUGGACAGUGUGGGUAGCAACAGGUUCAAAGUCUUAAAAAGAGGUCUAAGGGAUGGUUACCACACUGCUGAUAUUGAAUAUCUGGAGGAUAUGAAGGCCGAAGGGAGUGAAUUGGAACUCCUGCAGCGUCUCCACGACAGUGUCUAUCAACAGGCUCAGGACUGGUAUCAGCGCCUGGGAAGCCGCAUGAGAGAACAAAUCAAUAGGCAGUAUGGCAUCAUGCCGAGUACUGAGGAGAACAUUCAGGCCUCAUCCAAUGGUCCAGCUUGGUGCUGGUGGCUGCUGUCUGUCCUCCAAUUAGACCCCGCUUAUCAAACCACAGUCCUCUCCCUCUCUUCCCUCAAAGACCGGCUUGGUCACCUGCGCCUCAUCCUUGAGUACUUUUCUCAGAGCUAAACACAGUGUCCUGGUAGAAUUCCUGAGAAAUAUUUGGCUGAGGGUUAAACAUUACAUUACGAUACAAAAUACUGAUUUCACUUGCAUCACAGUUUUUGGACUAAACUAUUCUUAACUACAAAGGGGCUCUCGUAAUAUCACACCUCAAGUGUAAAUAAAAGUCAUAAAUAUCAAUUCGUGACAACAUUUUGAGAGGAAUUUUAAAGCUGGGUUUUGCUAAUCGGCAGAUACUUUUUUUUUGGAAUAAAAACCAAAGUGUUUCAACACAGAAUCCUGCAGUGUGUCUUUUGACACAUUCUUGUGUUGUUUCCUGCUGAAAUAGCCAUUCAGCAAAUGAAACUGAACAUUAACUCAAAAUUUACCCAGGGUAGGAAUAAUUUGAAGUUUAAACUACAAAAGUAGACAUCUGAAUGUUGAAGUAAAUGAGCACUAGAUGUCGCUCUUUACUGUUUUCCAACAAAAGUCCCAUCAGCAGGCAGAUAAAGUUUGAAUGUCAUGAAUUAAAGUUUAAAAUUGCAAUUGAAAUGACGGUGAGAUUCAUAACAUGCAUGAUGAGUAAUUUUUUCAGGACUAUGCAACCUGAGGUAUAGAAAGAAAAAUUCAUUUUGCAGCUGCAACUAACAAUUAAUUUAAUAAUCAAUUAAUCUGUUGGUUAUUUUCUCAAUUAGUCGGUGUAUUGGAUAAAAAAUAAAGCAUGUUCUAAUUUCCACCACUUUAUUAAAAAAACACAUUUUGUCAAAUCGACAGUGCAAACAAUACACAAAUUAAUUAUGAUUCACUUGCUGGUUCAUUCAUGUCAGAAAAAAGGCAAAUUUCGGAGGACUACAAGAAACCGGCUAGUAAUUAUAAUUUCAAGCAUUUGAACAGCUUUACAUUACAAGCGUAUCCAAAUGAUUAAUCAUAAUUAUAAAAAAAUGAUUAAUUGAUCAUUGAUUAGCCAUCAAUUAAUCAUUGAACCUCAAGUUCAUUUCUUGGUAUUGGCUUUGCAGAGCAGACUAAUUGCCCUAUGCUCAUGUUUAGCUCUUGUUUGUAUUCUAUCCAUGGCAGCCAGUGUUAUGGCAGGUUUUAUACAUUUGAAUAUAUAUAUAUUAAAAAAAAACAUAUUUCGUAUUAGUGAUUGUUGCAAUAUUUUUGGUGCACAUACUUGAAGGCAAUGUUAUUUUUAACAAUAGAAAACAACGUUGCUAACUGAUGUUGUUGAGAACAUUGUGGUGGAGAAUAAGGAACCAGCAACUGAAUUUGGCAGCCUUUAUUUUCGUGCGUGCAUUGCUAAUGAAUAGUCAAGUGCACGUGUCUGUGUUUGCGUCAUCUGUCAUCUAAUAAGGAGUCUUGGGAUGUUUUCAUUGCCUGUAAACCUUUUUGUUUUAUUUUGAUGGGAGGGCCACACUGAAGAUGGUCAUGUCAGCUCCAUCUCGGGUGCUCAGAGUUAUGUACUGAGGGAAAACUGCUAAAUAAAAUGACCAUGGUCUAAGUAGGGAUAAAUCCCCACUGUGGUAAUCUACAGUAACACCUACCUUUGGCCCAGGGUUCCAGCACCUCGGCAGGGGCCCCUCUGCCAUAAAUAAUAUUGCUUUGAGUGCCUUUGAGUAUGAGCAUUCUGCAAGUCUUACAGGUUGUACAUACCGUUUUUUUCAUUGUAUAAUGCGCCCCCAUGUAUAAUACGCACUCUAAAAAUGGCAUGUUGAUGCUGGAAAAAAAGCCUGUACCCAUGUAUAAUACGCACCCAAUUUUUAUUUUUUAUUUUUUUUAUUUUUAUUUUUUUUAAGUCCCAAUGAUCGUCACACACGCAGGGAGGCAAUGGGUCCCAUUUUUAUAGUCUUUGGUAUGGUCUUAACUAGCCUGGAUGUAAUUUUUUUUGUUGGCGUUGAUUUCUCCGACUGCCCAUAAAGGCACAGUGCGGACAUGUGAAAAAGGCGUGCGGACGUGAAAAAGGCGGCUCUGUAUGGGAGAGAUGUUGAAGAGGAAUAAAAACACCCUUGGAAACCAAAA